GCAGAAGGAGCCCAGCGGCUGCUGCUCAAUGGCGGAAAAGCCGCCGGUGCUCUGACUGCCUCGUCCCCCUACAGUUGCGGGGGAGUUUCCUGCCGGCGCGGCUGGCGUCUCUGUUUCUCAGGGUUCGGUGGCUGGAAGAUGCUCCAGAGAGACGAGGCUGCGGCGGAGGAGGUGGCGGCGGCAGAAUCGGCAACGGCGCUAGGGUGGAGAGAAGGCGGCAGCGGCGGCGGCGGCGGCGUGCGGGGCCCGACAGUGUAAACAGCCCCGAAGGCGGCGGAGGCGGUGGCCGAGACCCCGAGGGGGAAGCGGCGGCUGAGGCAGGGUCGCGCCUCCGUUGGAAGCCUGGGCUGAGUGCAGCAGGGGACUCUGCGGCGGGCGCAAGCGGACGCCCUAGACCUCGCCUCCCUCCCUCGCCCCAGAUUCAUUAAUAAACAUGGGUGCAUUUUUGGAUAAACCUAAAACUGAGAAACAUAAUGCUCAUGGUGCUGGGAAUGGUUUACGUUAUGGCCUGAGCAGCAUGCAAGGAUGGAGAGUGGAAAUGGAAGAUGCACACACAGCUGUUGUAGGUAUUCCUCACGGCUUGGAGGACUGGUCAUUUUUUGCAGUUUAUGAUGGUCACGCUGGAUCCCGAGUAGCAAAUUAUUGCUCAACACAUUUAUUAGAACACAUCACUAAUAACGAAGACUUUAGGGCAGCUGGAAAAUCAGGAUCUGCUCUUGAGCCUUCAGUGGAAAACGUCAAGAAUGGUAUCAGAACUGGCUUUUUGAAAAUCGAUGAAUACAUGCGUAACUUUUCAGACCUCAGAAAUGGCAUGGACAGGAGCGGUUCAACUGCCGUGGGAGUUAUGAUUUCACCUAAGCAUGUCUACUUUAUCAACUGUGGCGAUUCACGUGCUGUUCUGUAUAGGAAUGGACAAGUCUGCUUUUCUACCCAGGAUCACAAACCUUGCAACCCAAGGGAGAAGGAGCGAAUCCAAAAUGCAGGAGGCAGCGUAAUGAUACAGCGUGUUAAUGGAUCGUUAGCAGUAUCUCGUGCUCUGGGGGACUAUGAUUACAAGUGUGUUGAUGGCAAGGGUCCAACAGAACAACUUGUUUCUCCAGAGCCUGAGGUUUAUGAAAUUUUAAGAGCAGAAGAGGAUGAGUUUAUCAUCUUGGCUUGUGAUGGGAUCUGGGAUGUUAUGAGUAAUGAGGAGCUCUGUGAAUUUGUUAAAUCUAGGCUUGAGGUAUCUGAUGACCUGGAAAAUGUGUGCAAUUGGGUAGUGGACACUUGUUUACAUAAGGGAAGUCGAGAUAACAUGAGUAUUGUACUAGUUUGCUUUUCAAAUGCCCCCAAGGUCUCAGACGAAGCAGUGAGAAAAGAUUCAGAGUUGGAUAAGUACUUGGAAUCACGGGUAGAAGAAAUUAUGAAGAAGUCUGGUGAGGGAGGAAUGCCUGAUCUUGCCCAUGUCGUGCGCAUCUUGUCUGCAGAAAAUAUCCCAAAUUUGCCUCCUGGGGGAGGUCUUGCUGGCAAGCGCAACGUUAUUGAAGCUGUUUAUAGUAGGCUGAAUCCACAUAGAGAAAGUGAUGGGUUUGAACCUUCAAUUGUAUACUUAGACGGUCUUUUCACAUUCUGAAUGGCAGUCUUGGGCACGUCCACUUGUAAACCUGCUGAGCGCUCUGGUGACAAGAAAGGCAGUGGCUGGCAGACCUUACAAGGCCAUUAAAGUACAAGAACAAAAAGGUUUUUGUAAAUCUGAAAUAAAAACGAACCCCACAUUAUGUAAUUGUAGGAUUUAUACUGCUAUUAACCUUUAACCUUAUAGGCCAUUAGUGGAGGCAGAGAACUGUCACUGCACUCUUCAAAAUCCUGUUUUCCUCUGUCCAUGUGAAAAAUACCUGUGGCUUCUUGGCAGCACUUCUGCUUUUAUUCCAGGGACUUUCAUGGUUAAAGGCAGGCUUUAAUCUGUCACUGUUGUUUCCCUUCUCCUAAAGGCAUUAUUUAAAUCACAAGUUACUGGGUUUCUAAAUGUUUGUGUAAGAGUAGCUUGUGACUGUGGCUUUUAUGAUGCCCAGAUCUCUUCUGAAAUAUGAAGUACAGUGUUUAUAGUUAAUAGAAAGGGAGAUAGGUUUGUUACUGGCUUGUUUUACAUGAAUGCAAAUCUUAAUAACUCCCUUAAAUUAGAUAGUUUUUAGCUUCACCUUGAUGACUUCAGAGCCCUAUGUUUAGGAAUAUAGAAGGCAAUGAAUUUCUUCAUCAGAAAAGGAAUCAGCUCAGGUGUUUUCUCAUGGAUACUUGUCCCAGUUGCCAAAAGAGAGUACUUUUGGACAACCAUACACCACCUAGGUAAGCUCCCCUUUUGUACCUUUUAUUGCAAUUCCAUUUGCUAAUUUAUAUGAUCAGGGAGUGGUAAGUGACUGUGAUUUGGCAGUAAUUAUGUCCAUUCCCUUUCUGAGAGAUUUUAUUUCCACUCUGAGAUUGAAAGGUGUGAGAAAGUAUAGGAAGAACAAAGGGAACACAUUUGGUCCUUGAGCACAAAGGUGUGCCAAGGUUGACUUGCUUUUCCAAAGAAAAUUAAAUAUUCUAGGAGGUAACAGAAAAUUUUACAGACACUAGGUAAGUUCUUUUAGGGAAGAUCAUGGGAAAGUUUCCCUUUUCAAUCCCUGAUAAUUCUAGGAUAUAGUUAUGUGGAAUAGCUAGUUUCUUUUGUGUAUUGCAUGGAUUCAUGUUUUGUGUAAUUGCUGAGAAUGAAUGUUGAAACGGACUUAAGGGAAUCUCAGCUAUGCAGUAGUUAUGCCUAGAGCUUUCACGUAGCGUGCUAAGACAUACCUUUAAUAAGGCAGAAUCAAAAUUGGUUAGAAUUAGGUUUAUGUCACACAUUUCCAUAUAGUUAAUGGGUAGCCUAAAUUAUAUAAAGAAAGCCAUAAAUUAAAUACACCUGGAAGAUUGGCUAUGUAAAAUUAUCUUUGAAAAGGAAGGAAUUCUAAUAACCCAUGAUUAUGUGUGUGUGUGUGUGUGUUAUUUUUAGGGCUUUUGGCUUUUCAGGAUGGGACACGUGAAUCUGGCAGUUAAGACAGUAGUCUUUAUUACAGUGUAACAGUGUAUGCACUGCACUAGUCAGUUGUCUUUUAGCAUCAAAAGUUUACACGUCAAUGCCAACUGCUUUAACACUAGGAGAAAUUGCACAUCAGAAAGACACACACACACACACACACACACACACACAAAUGCCAACUUGAGAGAUAGAGUGACCAAUAAAGCAAACUGAAUGAUCUGUAGAUUUACAUCCUCAAAAUCUUUAACAUAGUAGUUCUGAAGAAUUGUCAUUUGUGUGUUCUUCAAAGAGAGUAAUAAAUUUUAUAGCUGGAUAGAUCUUUAAAUAUGUAUUUAUGAAAUCUCAAAGUAGGAAAAUCCCCAAGUGCCAGAUGGUUCUUUAGCAGCUCUGAUCCGAUUCACCAGGGACAAGAUCGACUUCUAUUUGGGGGCAGCUCUGCCUGUCCUGGUUCAUUCUCUGUAUCUUCCCGUCACUUGUCUUAUUAACCCUUUGGGGCCAAACAUUUAAGCACCGGUGAUACGGUGACUCCCAGCAACUUCUCUUUUUUCCCUAGUUAUUUCCCUCAUAUAUCCUGGCUUCCAUUGUCUUUACCAUCCAAACCCCAAAGGCUUUUGUUUUUUCUCUAUCUUCCUUAAGCUAUAUAAUCAAGAACUGAUCAUUUAUAGGUAGCAGAACUGUUGUCCUUUGUUCUUGUUAAUACUCUUGUUUUUCUAUUUAACACCCAAAUGUUGAGCCAGCUCUUCUGACACCCACAUGAUACUGGUGAACUGAGAUUACUUGUCUUGAGUUAUACUUACCAGUGAGAUACUGAUUAAGUUGAGAUUAAUUAUCUUUACUGCUGUUAAGUAGUCUUUCUCCUGCACUUGUGCAGUUAGUGUUUUAUUUAACCUGCUUUGCAGGACCUUUAUUUAUUGUAAAUUUUCUUGUGUUAAAUUUAUUAACCUUUUGAAAUGUCUUUGGAUUCGUCUGAAAUACAUAUGCUAUGUUAUUCUUUGCGGUCACUUCAAAAUUUGAUAUGUAAACAUUCACUAUUGAAUGAAACAAGUUUGAAGGCAGCAGCCUGUGAAACUUCUCUUUGGUAUGAUACAAGUUGGCCAGUCUAUCAGUCAACACCUGUUAGGUAAGAAUUCAGCAUUUUACUGAUGCAUCUGUCAGCCCAUUUCUCUCCGCGUUUGUCUAUCAGGAUGUCAUGGGAUCUUACAUUCCUUGCUGAAGUCCUGCGUUUUCCAAGUGUUAAUCAAGUAACUGUCCCCAGAAGUUCUUGAAAUUAAGUCAAACCUGCUGAUACAUAGUGAACAACGUUCUCUUUCCAAAAGGUUUAAAAACAUCAUUAUAAUAAGGAUCUACUAGGGCCUUUCCUGGGAUCAGUAUCAAUUUGUUGCCAUCUUUCAUGUGUUCCAAACACUGGGAUGACAUCCUUUCUGAUGUGGCCUCUCCACACUUCGUUAUAACUACAGUCGGCCAGAAGUAGUCUUAGAUUUUCAGUAUCAUUUUCUUGUUUUCCAUUACCGUAAAAUAGGAGAUAAAGUUCUUACUGGCCCUAUCACUUGUGUAUAAGUCAACUUUUUUAGAGGUUUCAGUGUGACCCUGUUCCCUUAGGUCCUUGCACAUCUAGGUGUUUAUUUGUGCUUAUGAUGUUUCUUGCAUCAUUUAUGUGUUUUUGAGAUUCUGAACUUGUUACAUUUCUUUGUAAACUGGUAGUUUCUUCUUUUCGUUUUGUGGUGGUGGUUUAUUCUUUUUAGGUACAUCUCCCUUUUUAUUCUGUAUGUAUGUGAUUCUUCAAUUUAAAAAAAAAUUUUUUUAAAUAGCCCCAAUGCAUUUAAGCAAAAAAAUCAAAACUACAACUUGUUCCACAGCCUGAGGCGAAGUGCAGCACGUAGACUGGACAGAACAGAGCAGUGCCACAUCCAAAGGGUGCUUCUCACGUCACAGACACGGGGGACUUAACUGUACAACUUUCUAGCAAGUGGCAGGAAGGUGGUCUUACUAAUAGUAUAGUUGUAUCUGCAACAAGUAUCUGUCAGGUGGAAGUAAAGUGACUGGAAAAAGGAAUCUUUCUGGAGAGUUUUGGGGUUUUUUUGCUUUUUGGCUUUUUACCGAAGAUACCACAUGGGCUAGCAGUGGCCCUGGAGUGUAGCACUUGUUCUGCAGAAGGAGUAAGUGUAGCUUCUCUCUUUACAUCCUUCCCUACCUGUAUUACAUCUUCUUCCCCUUAAAAAGUGAGGAAGAGUUGCACUGCAGUAGUGUGGCAGAGGAACUGAGCAGCAUGUAGGCGAUUGUACAGGACUGGCUUUGUAUUUCUAGCCUUGAGUUGGAAAAGCCUCUCUGUGACACACUUUGGGUGCCCUUUUAUCUCUUGUUUUCUUGACUUUCUUGAUUGCCAAGGCUCCAAAAAUAGCACGUAAGAAAGAAAGAAUGGAAAGGAAGAAAAUACCCCAGAUGUAGACAGCUUCAUAAUUUUCUGCAGAUAGAUGAAUUAUAUAUCAUGUAUAUAUAGGUAGUACAUUUCUUGGCACACAUUUCUGUAUACAUGCUGUAUUUCAAUAAAAAUAUUUUUAAGAAAGAACCUUGGCUGAUACAGUAAACUUCAUAUAUAUUUUAUUCAUAUGAAGAUUUUGUCUGUUAAUGGAACACAUGAAAAUAGUUGAAUAGUUGUGGCAGGUAUGCUUUAGGUUGUAUGAACUAAAAUGUAGACUAUGUGUUUUGUGAAAAAUUCACUUUCAGGGAGGUGGGAGGCAGAGGAGAACCUUAAAAAGAUGGGCAGCAUUUUAAUCAGGGUAAGCUGAACUGUUACAACACGCAGAACUAAACCUGUAACAGUUCAAACAAUAGAAGUUUAUUUCUUGCUCAUGUAUAUAGACCGAGGUGGGUGUUCCAGGUAAGUUGUGCUUCUGUCUUUCAUUGGUGAUUCAGGUAUGAAGCUUUUUCUGUUUGUGGCUUUAUCAUCACUUCGUUAUCUGUAUCCAAUUAGCAGAAGGGGAAAGUAGGCAAGGAAAAGACACCCCUGCUUCUUAAAAGUCUCACUAAAUUUAAGGGGCAUUGAAAUCAUACAAGGCAUAUUCUCUGACCACAGUGGAAUUAGCGUAGACAUCAGUAACAGAAAGAUAAGAACAACAUACUUAAAUAAUCCAUGUGUCAAAAAAUAAACUACAAGAGAAAUUAGAAAAUAUCUUGACUAGAAUAAAAAUGAAAAUCCCAGCAUAUCAAGAUUUGUGGACCAAAGCUAAGGCAGUAUUUAGAGGGAAAUUUAUAGCUUUAAACGUACAUUAGGAAGAAUAUAAGUUCUCAAUUU